AUGCCUGAUUCUCCUCUCACUGAACCUCGACAGCCUCCACAGCCUCCACAGCCUCCACAUUUUUUAAGCUGGAGAAAUUUUUUAAGCUUUAGAAAAUUUAUAAGCUGGAAAAAUGCUUUUUUAAUUUUAAUUCCAAUUUUAUUAGCGAUAGGAAUAGGAAACUAUGAACAAAUAAUUCAAUAUUCUUCUGGCCCUAUAUUUAUUGAAAAAUUUGAUCAAUAUAAUGUUAUAAUUAAUAUUAAAUCCAUUUUGGCAAUAAAAGAAGGAUGGGGAAUAACAACCGAUGGUAGCCAGUUUGCAUCUAUGUUUGUAAAUCAACAAUCUGAAUACUCAAAAUUAUUAGUGGCAUUAACAGGUGAUUACAACAGUGGUAAAACUUUUUUGAUCAAUAACUUGGAAAACAAGAAUUUCCCAUCUUCAUAUCAACAUGCAACACCUGCAUUUGGGUUUAUACAAUCAUCAAUUUCAGAUUAUAUUUAUAUGGAUACUCAAGGUUUGAAAAGAUUAGCAUCAUCUUCACUUGAUUCCGAUAGGGGUACCCAUAGCAUCAAGGAUAUCAAAGCCAUUGAUAAUUUAAUCUCUCAGUCUUAUAAAGUUGCAAAUUUAAUUAUCGAAGUCAGAGAUACAGGUAACAAUGAGGAUAUUUGCAAUACUCAACAAAGACAUGCCGAGUACCUCCAAGAUAGCAAAGCCAAUGGAUAUCAAAUCCCUGUUAUGGUUGUUGUUGUCCAUAACUUUAAAAACAUGAGAACCGUUGCUGAAGUUGAAAAAUAUAUUCGUGAUGAUAUUACAAAUCCAGAAAUCGGUGGUCAAGAAAAAGAAGUUGAUUCAAAAACUGGAGAUAAAAAAUGCAAAUACUGGUAUGUUGAUAGCGUAUUACAUUAUGUUAUUGCCCAAGAAGGCUCUGAAGCUGGUAAAGUUUAUAACAAAUGUACAUUUGAUCUCAUUAGAUUAAAAGUUUUACAAGAUCAAGGUGGUAUUCCAAAAGUCAACUUUUUAAAUAAACUCACUCUGGUUAUGGAACAAUCUUUAAGAAAUUAUAUUAAAGAUCCAAAUGUAUCAAAAGAUUCAUUUGUAAGAGUAAAGAAGGAUGAAACAAUCGUUAGUUAUGCAAGUUAUCUCAAGUCUUUUUUUUCUUCCAAAUCAGAUCCUGAAAAACCUGAUCAACCUACCCUUAUUGAAUCACAUCCAUUCAAAGUUUCAAUACAAAAUAACAAAAUUAAAUUGGUUAACUCUACUUUUGAUUUACAAUUUUCUUAUAAAGAUUGUUGUGGAUUUAAAAACAUUGAUUAUUCUCCACAAUAUGAUGUAAUCGAAACUUCAGAUUCUUUUUCAAUAGUAGUUGAUGCACCAAAUUCAAUUGUCAAUUGGUUUUGCUCGCCAAGUGAAUCACACACAAUUAGUUUUUAUAUUGAAAGAAAAUUCCCAACAUAUUUAAGUUCUCAUCUUAGAAGAAAUAUUAAUCCAAGAACAUAUGGUGAAAUCAAGAAAGAGUUUCAAAUUCCAUCUAGACCAUGGAUUGACUGCCUAAGAUUAAUUCCAACUGCUAAAUAUAUAGACGGUGUAGCAUUUGUAUCACUAACUAAAGAUAGUACUGUUAUUGGUGGUUCUCCAUUUCCAGAAGAUAAAAAAUAA